CUCCGGGUCUCGGGGGUCUCGGGUCUCGUGUCUCCGGGUCUGGGGUCUCCGGGUCUCGGGGGUCUCGGUGUCUCCGGGUCUGGGGUCUCCGGGUCUGGGGUCUCGGGGGUCUCGGGAUCUCCGGGUCUCCGGGUCUGGGGUCUCGAUGUCAGGGGUCUCGGAGUCCCCGGGUCUCCAGAGUUCAGGGGGGGUGGGGUCCCCGGUUCCACUUCCCCGAGGGGACCUUCCUCCAGUGCGGCUGCCACAGCGGCGACUUGUGGCUUUGAAGUGUCCAAGGGAAAUGAAGUCUCGUCGGGGGCGUCGUGAAAAGGGGUCUUGUGAGGUGCAGGGGUGCCUCAUACUAGGGAGGGAGCACCGCAUGAGGGACUGGGCACCCCUGUAGUGAGGACUGGGCACCCCUGUAGUGAGGACUGGGCACCCCUGUAGUGAGGACUGGGCACCCCUGUAGUGAGGGACUGGGCACCCCUGUAGUGAGGACUGGGCACCCCUGUAGGGAGGGGCGGGGCACCCCUGUAGUGAGGACUGGGCACCCCUGUAGUGAGGGACUGGGCACCCCUGUAGUGAGGACUGGGCACCCCUGUAGGGAGGGGCGGGGCACCCCUGUAGUGAGGACUGGGCACCCCUGUAGUGAGGACUGGGCACCCCUGUAGGGAGGGGCGGGGCACCCCUGUAGUGAGGACUGGGCACCCCUGUGGUGAGGGACUGGGCACCCCUGUAGGGAGGGGCGGGCACCCCUGUGGUGGCACUCCUCAGCCUGUGCCCACAGGGCUGCCAGAGGCCCUGCAGACUCCCGGGAAUCGCGGGCACAGGUGGGCUUUCACCCGCUGGUGACAUCCCUCUGUUGGGGUCUGAGGAGCCCGGAGGUCAUGGUGAGCCCUGUGUUUGGUGUUACCCUCCUGCGCCUGGCGGCCCGGGUGCUGCCCAUGGUGAUGGGGUCAUGCCCCUGCCUGCGCUGUGCCCGCUCCGCCUGCUGUCGCUGUGGCUCGGUGCCUAGGCGGGAAGCCGAGAGCCACUCCUGACCUGGGGAGACAGGCUCUCAGGGGCAGGGCGAAGGCCAUGCUCACUGGGUCUGGAGCCGAGGCCGGGGACCGGCCCAUCCUGCCCCUCGGGGGUCAGCCCCGUCUCAGGCUACUAGACCCCAGG